AUGAAUAAACUUGAAUUACAAGCAUAUCGUUUAGUUAAACGUCGAUUUAAAAUAAAUCAACAAAAAGAUCUUAUUAAAAUUCUCUAUGGUGAACUUCAUUUACCAGUACAACGAACACCACAUGAUCUUCAAAGUGCACUUGAUCUAUGUAUUGAUCAUUUUGAACAGUAUAUUAAUGAACCAACAAAACCACAAUCAUUACAACGUUUGCGAAGAGAAACACCAUGGCAAACUGAACGUACUUAUGCUCAAUGUCAUUUUUUUACAGCAAUUGACCGUAUGAUUAUUAUGAAUCCACCAUUACAACGUGUUUCAAAACGUUUUAUUAUUCAAUCAUUAGCAAAAGAAUCAAUAGUUCGAUUACGACAAAUGAUUAUUGCUCGAACAGGUUUUCAACUUGUUUCAUUCGAUUAUUCUCAAUUGGAAUUACGCAUUCUUGUUCAUCUUUUCAAUGAUAGCAAAUUAAAAACACGUUUAAUAAAUGAUACUGACUUUUUUAUAUCACUUGCUGCUGAUGUUUUAAAAAAAACAGAAUAUGAAAUAACACAUGAACAACAUCAAAAUGCUAAACAAAUUUGUUAUGGUACUCUCUAUGAUAUGCCAAAAGAAACAUUUGCACAUGAAACACAUAUGAAUAUAAAUGAAGCAGAAGAAUUUAUUAAAAAUUUUUAUAAAACAUUUCCAAUAAUGACUCAAUUUAUUGAUGAUAUUAUAUUAAUCAGCAUAACAAAUGGCAUUGCUUAUAAUAUGAUUGAAUGUCAUCGUGAUCGAGAUACUAAUAACUAUAGGUUUCAAUUCGAUAUAUUUGAUCAUAGGACAACUAUCAAUAUUGAACAACAACAACAACAACAAGAAGCUUUUAUUAUUGCAUAUGAUAAUAAAAAAAAUCAAAUAGCCAAUACCAAUUUCAACGUGAAUAAACAUUGUGCAUUAAAUAAUAAUGAGUUAAAGUAAGAUUUAGCAUUUUUAAUAUAUAGAUAUAUAUAUAGAUGAAUAUUUGUCUCUUGUAGGUUAGAAAAAUUGGAAGAGUUAAGUAAAGAUUUGGAUAAAUUUUUCGAUGAUAUACGUACACAAUACUCAAAUAGUACAAGUUAACAAUAUUGUUGUACAAUGAUAAAUAAACAGUAAUAAAACAGAUGUUUCAAAAAAAGAAAAAAAAACACCUGAUUAUUGACAUAUAUCUGCUAGUUUUCAAAUAAAGUUUCUAAACACUUCUAACAGGAUAUAUUUGGUUGUUUUUUUUAUCUAUAAUCCAUCACAAUCACAUUUCUUUUAUUAAUAAUAUAUUCAAAAGAGAUAAUGGUGUAUAGAAAAUUAGUACAGAUUUUAAAAGCGUAAUUUCUUAUUAUAAAUAGUCCGUUUAAUAGAUGUGUUUUGUUUGAGAUAUAAAAUUAAAUUGAUUAUUUAUUGAAUGUUUCUCUUAGAUAUCCACCAGUCUAGCAAGACUGGGUGAUUUUUCGAAAAGCCAGUCUGGAUCAGUCUCAAUAUGAAAAAGUACCAGUCUUUACCAGUCUUUUAAUCUCAUUAGACUUGGAGAAAUAUGCUGAGCUAAAAUGAGUGAAAAAACUGGUAGAGGCUGGUACUUUUUCACACUGAGACCGGUCCAGACUGGUGUUAGAAGUUUUUCAGGACUGGUCAGAUUGGUGCAUACCUAAGUUUCUCUUAACAUCAUAUCAUUCUAUUCGCUGAAAGUUUAUUUUAAAAUCAAUUGAACAAGUAAAUAUCCGGUUCUCUCUUUAUUUAUAUUAAUAAAAUUGUGAAUUAUGAAUUUCUUUUUUACAAAAAUAAAAAUAUACUCGUCUAAUCUAUUCUAUUUUUGCUUCUGAGAUUAUUCAUACACAUCAUUAGAGAUAAAGAAAACCAGGAAGUAGGAAAUUUUUAGGCAUAGAAUAUUAACCCUUUGGGGACGGGGUUUUUUUGAAAAAAUUAAGGUUUUUAUCAAAAUUCAAACAAAUACUUACUCAGUUAAAAAUCAUUAUCAAGAAUGUUUUACGAU